UUGGCAGUUAGCAUUCGGUGGGUGCGCACGAUCAGAUUUUUUUUAAUCGAGCAAAAAUCAAAAUGAAGGCAAUAACGUUGGCUGUUUUCGCUGUUCUAUUAGUGGUGGUGUCCUGCCGGCCAGACAAGCCAGAUCUGAAGCAGUUAAAAGCGGAGGCAGAGCGCAAGAAAGCCUGCAUGCAGGAUUGUACCAAGGUCAAAUUCGAGCCUGUGUGCGCAGGCAAGCAAGGGGAGAAACCAAAGUCGUUUGGUAGCGAAUGCGUUAUGAAUAACUACAACUGCGAGCACAAAGACACUCUGUCUCGAGUCAGCAAAGGUGAAUGCCCUGGGUCUGAUGGCAUUCGUCUCUCCUAAAUUUCUGCCUCCCUGAUGUGGACGUCAGAUGUUUAUUUUUCUUUUUACUGGAUUAAGUUUUAAAAUUUUAUUUUAUUAGACGUUUCAUUUAGUAUUUAUAGCUACUUCAGAAGAACUCACUGUUCCAAAGUUGGGUUUAAAGAGAGAGUUAAGAGAGUACAGUAAAACCCUACUGAUUUACCGAUUCUUUUUUUUGUAUACUGUGCGGUAAUUUUUAAAAGACCUGGCACCGGAUAGGUGAGCCAUAUAAGUUGUGUUUUACCGUACAAAAUUUUUGCUUGUGAGUCUACUUUUACAUUUUAAGAUAACGAAGCAUAUUCGCUUGUUGUAUCCACUUUUCAAAGACGCUGUGAUGUUAAAGGAUAUGUAACAAAUGCUUUUAGUGAUAUCUUUACUAUUUUGCUUUUUACCAAUUUAAGAAUAUGUUUGAUAAUAUACUUUUUCUAUAU